AUGGAGUCUAAUGGGCAGCCCAUCAAGGAAGAGAAGUCCUCGCCGGGUUCCUCACGGGCCUCGUCCCGCUCCCCCUCAUAUUCAAAAAGACUGAAGGAACCACGAGAACCCAGUGAGAAGGAGGUGAAAAUCUUAGAGGCAUGCAAAUGGAAAGAUUUGGAAGCUAUCAGGGAAUUAGCAACUUCGAAAGAUGGCCUUGUCUCGGACGAUGCCCGUCGUCAAGCAUGGCCUAUCCUUCUUGGUUGUGAAGGUAAUCAUGGUGACACAAAGGGCGACGUGACGAGUUGGAAGGAACUGCCAAAGCAUGGGGACGAAGACCAGGUUGCUCUCGAUGUUAAUAGAUCUUUUAUCUACUACCCAAAUGGUAUAGCCAUGCCAAUACAAUGA